UACUAUAAAGUCCAAAUUAUCACAUGUAACCAAAAAGUAGACAAUACUUUUCUCUUCUAUUCUACUGUCACCAUGAAUAAAUUCUUCAAGAAUUCAAGAUUGGUUAUUGGUAUUUUCAAUCUCAGUAAAAUAUACCCAAAAGAUACAAAAUCAACUAGACAAUUAUGUAAUCUUACUGAUUCUUGGAAAUCAAUGGAUGGUCUAGUUAAAUGUUCUGCAAAUUUUGAACCAUUGACACCUUUAAGUUUCUUGGAAAGAGCAGCUAAUGUAUUUAGAGAUAGAACUAGUGUUGUUUAUGGAGAAAAAUUGAAGUAUAAUUGGGAAGAAACACAUAAUAGGUGUGUUAAACUUGCUUCUUCUCUUGUUCAUUUGGGAAUUUCUCAUGGUGAUGUGGUUGCAACUCUGGCUCCUAAUGUACCAGCAAUGCAAGAGCUACAUUUUGCUGUACCGAUGGCAGGAGCGAUUCUUUGUACGUUAAAUACACGCCAUGAUUCAGCUAUGUUAUCGAUACUUCUGAUGCAUUCGGAAGCUAAGGUCAUAUUUGUGGAUCAACAAUUGCUCGAAGUUGCUCGAGGAGCAUUAGCUCUUCUUAUUGAAAAGAAGCAGAAACCGCCUCUUCUUGUUGUGAUCCAUCAAUCUGAUGAUGACUCGUCUGCUAUUGAUAACGUAAAUGUUCGCGAUCAUGAAUAUGAAAGUCUCGUCAGAAGUGGGGAAAGCGAUUUUUCUAUAAGGUGGCCGAGAACUGAAUUUGACCCUAUUAGUAUUAACUAUACUUCAGGUACAACUUCGCGUCCCAAAGGAGUUGUAUACAAUCAUAGAGGUGCGUAUCUCAAUACAAUCGCGACUUUUUUGCUUCAUGAGAUGAGUAUGUUCCCUGUGUAUCUGUGGACCGUUCCAAUGUUUCACUGCAACGGUUGGUGUAUGGCUUGGGGACUUGCAGCGUUGGGUGGCACGAAUGUUUGUCUUAGAAAUGUCUCUCCAAAAGACAUAUUUGAAAACAUUUUGUUGCAUAAAGUCACACAUAUGGGUGGUGCACCAGCUGUCUUGAACAAGAUUGUGAAUUCGCCUCCGUGUGACCUGAAGCCACUAGCUCACAAGGUUAGCAUUAUGACAGGUGGUUCACCGCCUCCACCGCAAGUCAUUUCCAAAAUGGAGAAGCUAGGGUUCAGCGUAAAUCACUUAUACGGACUAACAGAGACAUACGGUCCAGGUACAUAUUGUUUGUGGAAGCCCGAUUGGGAUUCUUUGCCUCCUGACAAAAAAUUUAUACUGAAAGCCAGACAAGGAGUGCAACAUCUUUGUUUAAAAGAAGUUGAUAUACGCGAUUCUACCACCAUGGAAAAGGUUCCGGCUGAUGGUAAGACAAUCGGGGAAAUCAUGUUUCGAGGGAAUACUGUGAUGAGCGGAUACUUGAAAGAUACAAAAGCAACAGAAGAAGCUUUUAAAGGCGGAUGGUUUCACAGCGGUGAUCUUGCUGUUAAACAUCCCGAUGGAUAUAUAGAAGUUAAGGACCGGUUGAAAGACAUUAUAAUCUCCGGCGGAGAGAACAUAAGCACAGUUGAGGUGGAAAGAGUUUUGUAUAGUCAUCCAGGAGUUCUUGAAGCAGCAGUAGUCGCGAGACCAGAUAAUCACUGGGGGCAAACACCUUGUGCGUUUGUGAAGUUGAAAGAAGGAUUUAGCGUUGGCGAUCAAGAAAUUAUCAAUUUCUGUCGGGAUAAUUUGCCUCAUUACAUGGCACCCCGUACAGUCAUAUUCGAUGAUAUACCUAAAACUUCGACAGGCAAGAUACAGAAAUUUAUCCUGAGGGAGAAAGCAAACGCGUUGGGCAGUCUUUUCUAGAAUGAAAUGAAGCAGCAGCAGCAUUUGCUGAAAAAUCUAUGUAUCAAUCCGUUGAUAAUUGGUGGUAAUGACAGUCCAUUUGUGUCUCUAAAUUUAUGUGUACAUUGUCCUGCAAGUGUUUGGGACAUACAACUAAACAUGGCAAUUGCCUCAUCUGAACACUUCCAGAAAAACACAUAGCAAAAUCAAUGACGGAGCCAGGAAUUUUGCAAA